CUCUCUCUCUCUCUCUCUCUCUCUCGCUGCAGUAGGGUUGGUGUAUUAUUGCGGUGGGGGUUGGAUCCAUGUGUGUGUGUAAAGUGCAGGUUUCAGCAGGCUGGAGCUCACACACCAUUGUCCUCUGAUCCCGGAGUGUGUGAGCAUGUGUGUGUUUGCAUAUUCUCACUGCAGCAGUGCUGAUUCUGCACGGAGGAAUUUCCCGUUCGGAAUGUGUGUUCGGAAGAGGGUUAUUAUGCCUGUUUGGGACCUAUAACGGAUACUUGCUGCACUGGAACUGGUUCGGGACAGAUCUGUACCAUAUGCAGGAAUAACUCAAGGGGGCGUUCAUUGCGGAGAACUGCUCUAUGUGUGUGUGUGCUCGUUAAGCCAUGCGGUCGGAGCGCAAGAGUCGUGUGUGUAUCGUAGUGUUGGAGGAGGUGGAAGAUGAGGCGCCAUCCCCUCUCCAUUCCAAAAGCUCCCAGGACCACAUAUCCCAGAAUUCCUCUCAGGACGAGAAGCCUUCUCUGAUAAAAGCCAUAUUUAAUGUGGAUCCAGAUGAAGUUCGUUCUCUAAUAUUCAAAAAAGAAGAUGUGAAUGUACAGGACAGUGAGAAGAGAACGCCGCUCCAUGCCGCAGCAUACCUGGGCGACGUCGAGAUUAUAAAACUGCUCAUUCUGUCAGGGGCCAGAGUGAAUGCCAAAGAUAACAACUGGCUCACUCCUCUCCAUCGGGCAGUAGCAUCAUGUAGUGAGGAGGCGGUAAAGGUGUUGUUGAAACACUCCGCAGAUGUCAAUGCACGGGAUAAAAGCUGGCAGACACCGCUGCACGUAGCCGCGGCCAAUAAGGCAGUACGGUGUGCUGAGGCGUUACUCCCGUUGCUAAGCAACAUAAAUGUGUCAGACCGUGCUGGACGUACAGCUUUGCACCACGCUGCCUUCAGUGGUCACCUGGAGAUGGUUCAGCUGUUGGUGUCCAGAGGUUCAAACGUCAAUGCAAUUGAUAAGAAGGACAGACGAGCCAUCCACUGGGCCGCUUACAUGGGUCAUCUAGAGGUGAUGAAAUUGCUGAUUUCUCAUGGUGCUGAGGUUUGCUGUAGAGAUAAGAAAUCUUACACUCCUCUUCAUGUUGCUGCCUCCAGUGGAAUGAUCAAUGUGGUCAAUUACCUUCUGAAACUGGGUGCCAAUAUUAAUGAGCCAAAUGCAUAUGGAAACACUCCUCUGCAUUUGGCUUGUUAUAACGGGCAGGAUGUUGUGUUGAAUGAACUGAUAGGAGCAGGCGCUGAUGUCAAUCAAGUGAACGAGAAGGGCUUUACCCCGCUGCACUUUACCACUGCCUCCCGCCAGGGGGCGCUCUGCCUUGAGCUGCUCGUGGCCAACGGUGCAAACGUCAACAGCAAGAGUAAAGAUGGUAAAACUCCUCUCCACAUGGCGGCCAUUCACGGACGAUACUCCCGAUCACAGGCUAUUAUUCAGAACGGAGCAGAGAUCAACUGUGAGGACGAGAACGGUAAUUCUCCGCUUCAUAUAGCGGCUCGUUAUGGCCAUGAGCUGCUCAUUAACAGUCUCUUAAUGAGCGGUGCAGACACUGCCAAGCGGGGCAUGCACGGCAUGUUUCCGCUGCAUCUGGCGGCGCUGAGCGGAUAUUCAGGCUGUUGCCGGAAACUGCUCUCCUCAGGUUUUCGCGUUGACUCGCCGGAUAAUUUUGGCAGGACGUGUUUGCAUGCGGCAGCUGCAGGAGGGAACCUUGAAUGUCUAAAUCUGUUGCUUAACUCUGGGGCAGAUUUUAACAAGAAAGACAGAUUUGGGAGGACGGCGCUGCAUUACGCUGCAGCUAACUGUAACUAUCAGUGUUUGUUUGCUCUGGUUGGUUCUGGUGCCAGUGUGAAUGAGCGAGACAUCAGAGGCUGCAGUCCACUGCACUACACCGCUGCAUCCGACGCAGAUGGAAAGUGUGUGGAGUACCUGUUGAGGAAUGAUGCUAAUCCAGCUCUCAGGGAUAAAGACGGAUACAGCGUGGUUCACUACGCCUCUGCAUAUGGACACAGACUCUGUCUGGAACUGAUCGCCAGUGAAACUCCAUUAGAUGUGCUAAUGAACACAUCUGCAUCAGGCAUCUUAAACGACACAGACGUUCAGCCUUCCAUCAGCCCGUUACACUUAGCGGCGUAUCACGGUCACCAUCAUGCUCUUGAGGUUCUGGUCCAGUCUCUGUUGGAUUUGGAUGUGAGGUCGCCUCAGGGUUACACCGCUCUGUGUCUUGCUGCGUUUAAGGGUCACGCGGAGUGUGUGGAUAUUCUGAUCAAUCACGGAGCUUCUUUACUGCAGAAGGACUACACACACAAGAGAAGCCCUAUACACUCUGCAGCUAUAAAUGGUCACUCUGACUGUCUGGCUCUGCUUCUCAACAACACUGAUCAGCACUCAGCCGUUAAUAUACGGGACGGAAAGGGACAGACUCCUCUGAUGUUGGCAGUUCUGGGCGGUUACACUGAUUGUGUGUAUCUUCUGUUGAGUAAAGGAGCCAGUGUGGAUGCCAGAGAUAAAUGGAGCAGGACGGCGCUCCAUCGCGGGGCAGUAAUGGGCCAUGAGUCGUGUGUUGAGGCUCUGUUGCUGCACAGAUCCAGUGUGUUGGUGCAGGACAGUAGGGGGCGCUCUCCUCUGCACCUGGCAGCUGCUUGUGGGCACGUGGGUGUCCUGCGGAGCCUUCUGAAAGCAGCUCAGUCCCUGAAGACCCUCCCAGUUCUCAAGGAUAACUGCAGAUACACACCCCUGCACUGGGCGUGUUACAACGGUCAUGACACGUGUGUGGAGCUGCUCUUAGAACAGGAAGCCUUUCAUAAGAUGGAUGGAAACUCCUUCAGUCCGCUACACUGUGCAGUAAUUAACGAUAACGAGUCCACAGCGGAGAUACUGAUCGAAACUUUGGGUCCAGCGAUCGUCAACGCCACAGACUCGCAAUCCAGAACACCCCUCUAUGCCGCUGCGUUCACGAAUCGUGUGGAGUGCUUACAGCUUCUGCUGGGUCACAACGCUCGGGUGAAUGCCAUCGACGCACUGGGCAAAACGCCACUCAUGAUGGCGGCUGAGUACGGACAAACUAACGCCGUAGAGGUUUUACUGAGCAGUGCAAAGGCAGACCUCACCAUACAGGACGCAAACAAAAACACAGCACUGCAUCUCGCCUGCAGCAAGGGGCAUGAAACCAGUGCCUUAUUAAUUCUGGAGAAAACCACAGAUCGAAAUCUCAUCAAUUCCACAAACACAGCGCUGCAGACGCCGCUACACAUCGCGGCUCGUAACGGUCUGACGGUGGUCGUGCAGGAGCUGUUGGGUAAAGGAGCCAGUGUUCUCGCCGUGGAUGAAAACGGUUACACUCCAGCUUUGGCUUGUGCCCCGAAAAAAGAUGUGGCCGACUGUUUGGCGCUGAUACUCGCCACCAUGUUGCCCAUUUCUCCCAGCAGUACCGGCACCAUGUCGAGCCUCAAAUUUGCCACCAUUAACCACUACUCCAGCCCAUCCACAACUGUGACCUUUGACCCAUUACCCAUGCUGCGGUCGGAGCAUGUCUCCUAUCGUAACUUCAACAGCAUGGGGCGCGAGGACGGCCUCAUCAUCCCUGACGAACUCAAUGAUUCAGACUCAGAAACAUACUGACUGCCCUGUCCCGCCCCAGUGUCUUAAGAUAUCGGCGAAUGGUGACUACAGUAAUAUAGGUUGUUCCUUUAUGGUUCGUGCACCCCAAGUCUCAGGAACGAGCAGAAAAACAGGAAAAUAAUGGGCACAGAAACACCGGCUGAAAUGAUGGUUUGACCACGAUACCGGUGUGGUUUCUGUUUAUUCUCUACAAUAGACAAGUUUAAAUGUAUGUUGCAUCCUAAACUGAAAUUCUGCCAUCAUUUACUCACCCUCAUGUUGUUCUAAACCUGUAUAACUUCUGUGGAACACAAAAGGAGAUGAUGGGCAGAAUGUUCAUGCUGCUCUCUUCCAUGUACGUAAUGAAAGUGAACGGGUACUGAGUGUUUCCAAAAUGACAGAAAAGUGCCGUUACAGUUGCAAAAUGAACAAAAUUGACCCAAAAAACAAAAUGCUGAUAUAGUUGAACAAUGAUAAAAAACUACAAAAAGCACCACUAAAGUUGAGAAAACAAAUAAAAGUUCUAUAAUGACCCAAAAAAGCAGCAAAAAAGUUCCUUAAAAAAUCUUCUUAAAAGAAAAAACAAGAACUACAUUGAAAAUGAAUUAAUCACUAACAAACGCCUUCAUCGGCCAACAUCAAAGGAAAAUGCUAGAUGCGUGUAUGACUUUAAUACUACAACUUCAGUUUAAUCAUUGACCACGUCGUUUACUCAUUUUAACCACUUAUAGUUCUAAACAUAAAUGACAAAUAUUGGCAUUUGUGCAUCAUUUCCUGUAAAGCUGCUUUGAAACCGCCUGUUGUGAAAAGUGAUAUACAAAUAAAUUUGACUUGACUAUGACAAAAACUUCCAAAGAAAAACAGCAAUAAAAGUUCCACAAUGACAAAAAAUGACAAAAAGCAGGUUAAAAAGUUCAGUAAUUACCAGAAAUUCAAAAAAGAUUCAAAAAAGUUGUACAAGUUCUGCAAUGACAGAAAAGCCCCAUACAUCUUCUACAUUUUGUCAGUUACACAAUGUCAAAAAAAAGCACUAAAAAGCACAUUAA